GUGCUCGUCCUCGACCAUCACGGCCUCCAGCUGCUGCAGCCCCUUCUUGCCCCGGAGCCUGAGCAGGGCCCGAACCGGUCCAUCCGCUUCAGAGCCAGCUUGCGGCCUGCGCUCGAGAGCAGCGUGGCGACCCCGAAGGCGCCGCGGCCCAGCUCGCUCGCGCGCCAGCCGUCCGUGCGCUCCUGGAACUCGGCCUUGGACCACAAGGGCGCCGCCACCUUCCUCAGGAAACUGUCCACCGAGGACGAGGCUGACUCCGCGUUAUCUCCGGGCACCAUUUCGCCUUCUCGUGGAGCGCUCGGCUGCGAACGAAGCGUGUGAUACCAAGCAUCAGAUCACCGCGGAGAUUAACGUGAAAGCUAGUCGGGUGGCCAGCUCUUCGGGCACAUACGUGAGGGCAGACGUCGGGAACUGCG